CCGCGGGGGGAACACACAGCCGUAACGGGUACCUCCCCAACCAACGCGGCUUCGCAUACGCGUCCCUCUAUUGAUUUGAAUGUGUUGACAAUUGGAGAAAUAGCUUGAGCUGCAUUGAAAUUACAAAAGUAUGAAGGCCAAUGGUCAAUAUUCUAGAAUAUGCUGUGCGUGCACAUUUUGGACUCUGAUAGACGCGUGUGUGUGUGUGUGUGUGUAAGAGUUGAGUAACCCGCGGUAACAGACAUGCCCAAACCUGAUCUACUGUGUUUGGUUCAACUACUGGACAACACUAUCCAGACCUUUACAGUCAACAAGCAGGAUGCAGGUGAGGUUUUGCUGGAGCAGGUGUGUAAUCAGCUGGGUCUGCUGGAGAGACACUUCUUCAGUCUGCAGCUACGAGACUCCAACACCACCAUCGUCACUCAAACACACUCUCCUAGGUGGCUGGAGGCCAACAAACCACUGAAGAAGCAGCUGAAAGGAGUUGUCUCUCCAUUCUACCUGACCCUCCGAGUCCGAUUCUUCAUCUCAGACCCCAACUCUCUACCAGACCAGACCAGACAUAUGUACUUCCUCCAGAUCAGGAGUGACAUCAGAGAGGGCAGGUUGAAGUGUCCUCUGAGUGCAGCUGURGUACUGGCCUCCUAUGCUGUGCAGUCUGAGCUAGGUGACUACUCCCCAGACCUUCUCCCUGGUUACCUGUCCAAAAGCCACUUCCUMCCGGAGCAGGAUGAUGACUUCCUGUCUAGAGUGGAGGCUCUGUACCCAGGGCACAGGGGGCUGAAGCAGAGUGAUGCAGAGCUGUGUUUUCUCAACACAGCAAGAACUCUGGAGCUGUAUGGAGUGGAGCUACACACUGCCAUGGACUCCAACAGUUCCCCUCUAUUGGUGGGAUUGGCCUCAGGGGGCGUGGCUAUCUUCUGUAACAUGAUUUGCUCCAGUUUCUUCCCCUGGGUGAACAUCAUCAAGAUAUCCUUCAAGAGGAAACGCUUCCUUAUGCAGCUCAGACGCAAACAUGGGGAGACGCAGGACUGUGUGGUGAGCCUGGUCCUGCCGUGCCCCAGGGCCUGUAAGAACCUGUGGAGGUCAUGUGUGGACCAUCACUGCUUCUUCCACACCAACCUGGCAACCCGUAGGCCACACCAUACCAACCUGGCAACCCAGAUACACAACAAGCUGCUCUCACAACACUGGGCCUUGGGCAACACUAAAACAGACAGUGGUCCAGUGUGUAAGAAAGUGAUGGGUGGGAUGGAGUGGAACCCAGCUCUGAGGGGAUCCACCUCGUCAGAACACCUGGAGACCAAGAGCCUACCUUCCCGAUCCCCCCCGCUCACACCCAACUGGCGGAGUCCUCGUGUGCGUCAUGGCGCCCGUAAACCCCGCCCCUCCUCAGUGGAGCUGAACAAUGACCUGCGAGACGUGUCGGAGGGGGAGGAUGUCUUUUACACCUACAGGGUCUCCCUCAGCAGCAGCAGGGGCAGCCAGGAGGGCACGCCUACACACAGUGUUUCUGGCACUCACAGCCAAGGAGGCGGAUGGUCKCAGGUUGAUGACAUCGGCACAGGAGAGGAAGACRUUAAGGMCACCUCUCACUACCGGGACAAGCGUGCUCUGGGGGAUGGCGACCUGCUAUUGGUGCGUCUCGCUCCUGAUCACGAUGGAAAGUUUGGUUUCAAUGUCAAAGGUGGCGUGGACCAGAAGAUGUCCCUGGCCAUAUCCCAGGUCAACCCUGACUCCCCUGCGGGGCGGGUUGAGCCAAGGUUGUUGGAAGGUGACCAGGUCGUGCUGAUCAACGGUCGUGACAUCUCUGAACACACGCAUGACCAGGUGGUCAUGUUUAUAAGAGCCAGCAGAGAGUCCCACUCCAGAAGAACUGACUCUGCUUGUCCAGGGCGUGUGGCCCCCCUGCUGCAGUUUCCCUCUGCCCUGUCUCUGACUGGCCAAUUACACGGUGAUCCACUGCUUCUGCCUGGCCAAUCAGAACAAGGCCAGACACUUGAAGAGUCCAUGAAACAACUGGAGAGGGGRAUCCAGACAGGCACUCUCACCUUCCACUUCGAGAACCUGUACAUGAGGAAGCCUGGCCUGUCAGUAGCCUGCGCUCGUCUCCCUGAGAACACAGACAAGAACAGAUACAAGGACGUGCUGCCCUACGACGUCUCCAGAGUGGUACUUCAGGACCAAGAGGACUACAUCAAUGCAAGCCACAUCACGGUGGUGUCCCCAGGGUCUGGUGUGUGUCUGCGCUACAUUGCAGCUCAAGGACCGCUGCCUCAGACCUGCACUCACUUCUGGCAGAGUGUGUGGGAGCAACACACACACACCAUCAUCAUGCUCACCACACUCACCGAGAGAGGACGGACUAAGUGCCACCAGUACUGGCCACACCCUCCUGAAGUGAGGGAUUAUGGGUACCUGAGGGUCAGCUGCCACUCUGAGGAAUGCAACCUGGCCUAUGUCACACGCCAAUUCACCCUAACACACACACAGGUAACACACAAACAUGACCUGGCUCACAUAACAGGAGGUGUGCCAUAUGUGUGUUCUCCACAGAAAACAUUGACCAAACUAUCCCCAUCCAGCUCCACGUGUUUCUGCUUCCAUUGGCAUUGUGUUUAUUUACCUUUACACCACAGAGAUGGGGGAAAAUGUGUGUUCUCUCAGCUGUUUUCUGUCUGUUUUUUCCUAAACGUGUGUGUGUUUCCAGCUGGGAGAGAGCGUUCGGUGACCCACCUGCAGUAUGUAGCAUGGCCAGACCAUGGUGUACUUGAUGACCCCUCAGACUUCCUGCUGUUCCACCUCUGUUAGAGAGAGGAGGACAGGAGACACACCACUUAUGUGCACUGCAGCGCAGGGAUUGGGCGUACAGGUGUUCUCAUAUUACCAUGGAGACGGCGUUGUCGCUGUUUGGAGAGCGGUCGACCUGUGUUCCCUCUGGACAUCAUCAGGACGCUCCGAGACCAGAGGGCCAUGAUGAUCCAGACCACGUGUCAGUUCCGGUUUAUGUGUGAGGCCAUCCUGCGUGUCUACAGAGAGAGAGGAGAGCAUUCUACAGCACCACCCUCAGCACUGCUAACGGACCUUAACAGGAGGAUGGGGGGACAGCUAGCCCCAGCACUAGCCUAA